CCCCGCCUCGCAAACAGCGGACCAUCACCGGAGGGAGCCCACCGUGCUGCGCUUGAAACAUCUGGGUAGAGCCUUGGAAUCAUCGUUGCUGACACACAUGCUGCUGGAAAUGUGCCUCUAAGCAUGCAUCCUCGCUAUGGCCACUGUCCGAAUUUGCAUAUGCGGCGAUGAAGGAGUAGGCAAAAGCUCUAUCAUCACCUCCCUCGUCAAGGAUGUCUUUGUCACCACCAAGAUCCAACCCGUCCUUCCGCAGGUAACCCUCCCACCAACCCUCGGCACGCCGGACAAUGUCACGACCAUCAUCGUCGAUACCUCUGCACUGCCGCAUGAACGCCAUGCGCUGCGGAAAGAGCUUCGGAAGUCGAAUGCCAUAUUACUAGUAUACUCGGACCAUUAUAGCUAUGAGCGCGUGGCGCUGUUCUGGAUGCCGUACUUUCGCUCCCUCGGAGUGAACGUGCCCGUAGUGCUCUGUGCAAACAAGUCGGAUCUGCAGUCGAAUGGAACUACAUCCCAGGUGGUGGUGGACGAGAUGCUGCCGGUCAUGAACGAAUUCAAGGAAAUCGACUCCUGCAUCCGCACAAGCGCUAAGGAACACCACAACAUCAAUGAAGUUUUCUUUCUAUGCCAGAAGGCCGUCACCCACCCCAUAGCUCCUCUAUAUGACUCCAAGGAAGCGGCGCUAAAACCCGCCGCCGUGUCUGCUUUACAGCGGGUGUUCCACCUCUGCGACAAAGACAAGGACGGUUACUGGAAUGACCAGGAAAUCCACGACUUCCAACUCAAAUGCUUUGACAAACCGCUAGCAGAUGACGACCUCUCAAACAUCAAACGGUCGAUUCAGCGAUUCAUGCCUGGUUCUGUCAGCGACAGAGGGAUGGAUGAAAAGGGUUUCCUGUUGCUGAACAAGAUCUUCGCUGAAAAGGGCCGCCAUGAGACAAUCUGGAUCAUUCUUAGGAAGUUUCAGUACACCGACAGCCUCAGCCUUCGAGACACGUUCUUACGGCCCAAAUUUGACGUCCCUCAAUAUUCCUCGGCCGAACUGAGUCCAGCCGGAUACAGAUUUUUCGUCGACCUCUUCUUGCUGUUCGAUAAGGAUAAUGAUGGUGGAUUAAACAACUCCGAGCUUGCUGCAUUGUUUGCACCUACUCCCGGAAUUCCGCCGUCUUGGGUAGACUCUGCCUUCCCAUCUUGCACCGUGCGGAACGAGGCUGGACACAUCACCCUUCAGGGCUGGCUUGCGCAAUGGAGCAUGACGACGUUCGAGGAGCCAAAGACAACGCUCGAGUACCUAGCAUACCUCGGCUUCGAGAGCGCCGAUCGAGGCGGUACAACAACUGCUCUCAAGGUCACGAAAGCUCGGAAACGACGGAACCGUCCGGGCAGGGUAGAACGCACCGUGUUCCUGUGCUACGUCCUGGGCGCCAGUGGAAGCGGGAAGAGCGCCCUGUUAUCGGCUUUCCUGCAACGGCCCUUCAUACACACGUACCAUCCGACAAUCAAGCCUCGCGCUGCAGUCAACAGCGUUGAACUAAAGGGAGGCAAGCAGUGCUACCUGAUCCUCGAGGAGCUUGGGGAACUGGAGCCAGCUAUCCUGGAGAACCAGGCUAAAUUGGAUGCUUGCGAUCUCCUCUGCUACACCUAUGACUCCAGCGAACCGGACAGCUUCGCGCACAUUGUCGAGUUGAGGAGGAAAUAUCCCCAUCUCGACGACCUCCCUGCUGUCUACACGGCCUUGAAAGCGGACCAGGACAAGACUAUGCAGAGAUGUGAACAACAGCCUGACGAGUACACAAGUGCACUCAAUAUGGCAGCACCACUACACGUCAGUGCGACUUGGGGUAGCAUAUCGGAACUGUUCGUUCACCUAGCAGAAUGUGCCACCUACCCUUCAACCGCCUUCCCCAAACAAGAGGAGGAACCUUAUGACUCUCUCAACAUGUACCUGGCGCUGGGCGCAAUAGUGUGCGCAGCAGCAUCCGUUGGUUUCAUUUGGAAGCGCAACAUCUCAACUUCAUCAUGAUUCACGACAGGGCUCCCCUCUCAUAGACAGCGAUAGUGACAAGACACGCGACCCGGCGCGCAUCGGCGAAAGACGGCGGGGUCUCGCCAUUCCUGCAGCAAGUCAGAUAUUGAUAGUAGUGUGUAAUAAAUAAUAUAUCCUCCUCUUCGUGUGCAUGAAUGCGAAGCAGACAAAAG